AUGGGAAGCAAAGGUGGAUUUUUCCGUUAUGCAGAUGGUUUUGACAAAUUGCUAUUACUCUUUGGGACUUUGGGUUGCAUUGGAGGUGGCCUACAAACCCCUAUGACAAUGCUUGCUCUUGGCAGUUUGAUAAAUGAUUAUGCUGGUGGAUCUGUCCAAACCAUGAAAAGUGAGAUUGAACCGGAAGAUCCUAGACAUAGAAAGUUCAAAAAUUCUAUGAAGGGCCAUAUAAAACUGAGAGAUGUCUUUUUCUCAUACCCAGCAAGGCCAGACCAAAUGAUUCUCAAGGGCCUCAGUCUUGAUAUUGAAGCUGGCAAAACAGUUGCAUUAGUGGGACAAAGCGACAAAUGUGACAUCAGAAAAUUUAACUUGAGAAGUUUGAGAUCACAUAUUGCCUUGGUGAGUCAGGAGCCAACCCUCUUUGCAGGAACUAUACGUGACAACAUUAUGUAUGGUAAAAAGGAUGUAUCAGAAGAUGAAAUAAGGAAGGCAGCACGUCUUUCAAAUGUUCAUGAGUUUAUAAGUUCGAUGAAAGAUGUUUAUGACACUUACUGUGGAGAAAGAGGAGUGCAGCUGUCAGGAGGGCAAAAGCAAAGGAUAGCAAUUGCUAGAGCAGUGCUUAAGGACCCUUCAAUCCUUCUGUUAGAUGAGGCAACAAGUGCUCUUGACAGUGUGUCAGAGAAUCUGGUACAAGAGGCACUCGAGAAAAUGAUGGUUGGAAGAAUGUGUGUAGUUAUAGCUCACCGUUUGUCGACAAUACAAAGUGUAGAUUCCAUAGUUGUGAUUAAAAAUGGGAAGGUGGUGGAACAAGGAUCACACUCCUAG